UUUGCACCCGAGCAGAGCGCGGCCGCGACGGGGCGGGCAGACUCGUGGGCGCUUAGAGCGGGCCUCGCGUCCUCGGCGCUUGGCGCUCCACCCCCCCAUCCUGACCCCUAUCUGGCCCGGGACCCCGACCCGGACCCGGCCCAGCACGGCCCCCGCCCCCGCCCCCCCGGGCCGAUGGACUACUCCUACCUCAAUUCGUACGACUCGUGCGUGGCGGCCAUGGAGGCGUCCGCCUACGGCGACUUCGGCGCCUGCAGCCAGCCGGGCGGCUUCCAGUACAGCCCCCUGCGGCCCGCCUUCCCCGCGGCAGGGCCGCCCUGCCCCGCACUCGGCUCCUCCAACUGCGCACUUGGCGCCCUACGCGACCACCAGCCAGCGCCCUACUCGGCAGUGCCCUACAAGUUCUUCCCGGAGCCGUCGGGCCUGCACGAGAAGCGCAAGCAGCGGCGCAUCCGCACUACGUUCACGAGUGCGCAGCUCAAGGAGCUGGAGCGCGUGUUCGCGGAGACCCACUACCCCGACAUUUACACGCGCGAGGAGCUGGCGCUCAAGAUCGACCUCACUGAGGCUCGCGUGCAGGUCUGGUUCCAGAACCGCCGGGCCAAGUUCCGCAAACAGGAGCGCGCCGCCAGCGCCAAGGGCGCAGCGGGCGCGGCAGGGGCCAAAAAGAACGAGGCUCGCUGCUCCUCAGAGGACGACGACUCCAAAGAGUCCACGUGCAGCCCCACACCCGACAGCACUGCAUCGCUGCCGCCGCCGCCAGCACCCGGCCUGGCCAGUCCGCGCCUGAGCCCCAGCCCGCUGCCUGCUGCGCUGGGCUCAGGGCCCGGGCCCGGGCCGGGGCCACAGCCACUGAAGGGUCCAUUAUGGGCUGGUGUAGCAGGCGGUGGGGGUGGAGGACCCGGCGCCGGCGCGGCCGAGCUACUGAAGGCCUGGCAGCCGGCGGAACCCGGCCCCGGGCCCUUCUCGGGGGUUCUGUCCUCCUUCCACCGGAAGCCUGGCCCUGCCCUGAAGACUAACCUCUUUUAGCCGCGGGACUCUGGAGGCCCGUGGCCUGCCCCCAGAGCUGCCCCUACCCCUCCAGGACCUGACUGUACCUCCCCAUCUUCCUGGUCGCCUGCCUGGAAGACCCCAUUCCCCACCGCGUCUGACCCCCCAGGUGUGUUCUCCCUAGCUUUGGAGAUCAAAUCGGGGCCACUCUCUUCCCCAAUCCCACCCAGCAGAAUGGAUUACUUCUCACUGGGACUCCCACCAGGAGAGCCGGGAGACCCUUUUAGCUUGCCUUUCUUUGGAACCGGGAACAAAUAACGCCUAUCUGUAUUCAAAUGUUAGGGUUGGCAAGCAUCAACAGUCGGGGCUCACCCCGGUUCUACAGCUGACUGGGUCACCACCUUGGUGAUCAGCCACUGCCCCACCCUUUGGGCACACUGCACUCCCCCAUCCCCUUGCAGAGGCCAGUCGUCCCUGGGAUAAAAAGCAACCUGAAGGGACCCACAGCCAUUGUCCAACAACCUUUCCCACCCAUCCCCAUGCCCAUCCCGUCUGGCGCUGGGAGGUAGACCCGAUAGCCCAGUGGAGGGGAUGUCAGGGCAGCGGGACAGAGAG